AUGUCUUCAUGCGUGCAACGGCUGAGGCGUGUUGUGUGUGUGUUAGGUCACACCUCCUUUUUCCUUGACCUAUGCUGCGGAUUACCCGGUCGACUUUGUUUAAGUAAUUAUUAUCAUCGUCAACGUGAUUUCACGAAAGAAAGUGUAUUUUGCUUCAUCUUGAUUUCGUCACCGUGUGUGUUAUUGUCGUUGGACGUUUGUCGUCCAUGUGCUCAAGAGUUGGCAUUGAUAAUUGAAAACGAAAUCAGCAAAGUCAUCAAGAAGACAAGAAGAGAAAGUGUCUCGACGAAUGAUGGUAUAACGCCGGUAACUAGUGAUAACAACUGUUUGACAACAUUAACAACUAUCGGCACCAAUUGGUCAAGCAACGAUCCUGACCUAGAUCUGGAUCCAUCAAGCCGAGAUUGCCUCGAGCGAAUUGUCGAGUUGGAACGUGAACUAAACGCUGCACAACAUUCAAUAGCAGAAAAAGAUGCCAAAUGCAGCCGCUUAAGUGCGAUUCAAGACCAUAUCGAUUCGGAUGUGCAAGAACUCACUGAAAAGCUUUUUCAGGAAGCGUAUAAAAUGGUGAAUGAAGCAGAAAGUCGACGAGCAAAAGCUGAGAAACUAUUGGCUGAGAGUCGCCUAAAAGUGGAUAUGUUGAGUGCCGAAGUAGCUGCAUUGAAGAUCAUCGUUAAAUCACCAAGUCAACAGCAGCAACAACAUCAGCCGCACAAAAUCGGUCUCGCAUCACGAUUACUCAACGUGCAUCGCAAAGAAAAAUCUCAGUCGAUGGGACCAGCGCAAAGGAAAAGUUCCAGUUUGCCAGCCGUAACUCGAGAAAUGGUAAUUGCAACAACACAGCAGCAAAUUGUCGAUCAUAAACCCGAAACAAGUUUCGAGGUGGACCCUGUGUAUCAUCGUGAAUUCACGAAAUGGCAUGAGAAUGGAGCACCACUUGAUGAUGAGGGAUGCGCAUUUUUGAGUCGUGUGAUGCUCGAAGAAGUUGCUCCGUGCAUGAAUUUUGAUAACACCCAAUUAUCCUCGCAAGUUUUGUCAGCCAUUCGAACGAACCAGUUAGAAUUGGAGCCUGUAAAAGAAGCAAAACCAACUGUAAGGAUAUGCGCUCUAUCAAACGUACCUCGUUUUUGUCCAUAUCGAUUGCGUGUGCACGCCGCGUCAGAUUGGUGUUUCGUUUCGAUGCUUGCCAGAAAUCGAAUUGCGUCAGUGUGUGAUUUUUUUACAUAUAUGCGCUAUGUGAAUCAAGGUAUUGUGAAGAGUGGCAUCCAUGAUUCAUAUUGGGAUGUGGUUUAUUUGCGUAAGAAUAUGGCGUUGGCAAAGUUAGGUCUUGGUUUCAUACCGAAUUUAAAUGGUGGUGGAGCUGCUAAAAAUAGACCUGAAAAUCGGUGA